GAAUCGCGAUAAGAUUAGAGUACUUUCAAUUACGAUCGCGACAACGACCUGACAUUGACACAAGCGAUCACACGCAAUCGUGCCUCCGCGCGGCAUCAUCUGUUAAUGCGAGCAUAAUAUUAUGAUUCACGGAUGAUUCAUAUGGAUGAUACUUUUUUGCGCGUUUUUAAUCUCUGUUGUUUUCAAACAGUUCAGUGCGAGUUUCGUUUCCUCAAUCGAUAAUCUUGAUAAAAGACAAUGUCACGAUUGGCGUGAAUCGGCUGUAUCGCGUGAACAUGCGGGAACCGCGCAUGCAUUAGCCCCGCAGUAACGUUAGAAAUUUGCUGCUGGAUGGUAACGUUCACAAAGUCAACUGUUGUGAGUUGUCGAAUCGGACCAUCAUUUUGUCAAAGAGAAAAUCAGUGUUUACCCAGGUGGAUUCUAUCUCCACAAUCGAAGGGGUGAUUCACACGCCCAGACGCGAUUUUUUUUUUGCCAAUGGGGCACUUAUCAAGCUUAUUCAAAAUGUCAAGCAGAAAAUAAUCGGUGGUUUCCAAAUGCUGUGAGAUAAAGCCCAGCGAAAUUUGCUUCAUAUCGUGUCGACUUGCGCGUAGUGAGUUCCAAAUCCGAAUUCAACAUGAACAGAGCAAGAAGUGUGUCUGCAGGGAGUGCUAACAGUGAUGAACAAAGUCCCCUGUUACAGCCCAGCAGCGAAGGAAGCGCAUCGUCCAGUGAAUCUGAAAUCGUUCGGAGAUCGCAAUGUUCAUAUCUGGAACCCGUCGCAAUAGCACUCAGCUUCGGCUGCAGCGUGUCAGGCAUCGUGUUAGCGAAUCAAGUCAUCUACCAAACGUGUGUCUAUCAGGGCUAUAAUCAUAGCUUGUGUCUUCUGCUCGGGACCAAUGCCAACUCUACGGAAGUGGACGAUCUGGAGACGGCGGUGCAGCCGAGUGCCGCCAAGAUAACGAUGACCAGCAAUGUGUUGAUAUCAGUGAUCCCAGCGCUGUGUGGAUUAUUGAUGGGCCCAUGGUCAGAUCGAUUCGGACGAAAGCCAGUGAUUAUAAUUCCAUGCAUUGGCUAUUGUUUCACCUUCAUUUUGAAAUCCAUCAUCUGCCAACUCUCCGCGAGGACCCCACUCGAUCCCUGGUUUUACGUCGUUGCCGACAUUCCGGCGGCCUUCUCCGGCGGAAGCAUUGUAGUGAUAGCCAGCUUGUUCAGCUUCCUGACGGAUGUUACCACCGAAAAGAACCGCACUGUGCGGAUGGGAAUCAUGCAGGCGUGCAACCUAACGGGUUCGCUGUUCGGAAUGAUGUCCAGCAGCUUCAUCCUGAGAAUGGUCUCUGCCAGCACAGUAUUUGUGAUCUCUGCGUUUAUGAUGCUCUUCAGCAUUGGGUAUGUGCAUUUCUUCAUCGUCGACAGUGUUAUCCAGCAGGACGCUGACGCAUACGCCGGUACCGGCCGGAUGCUGCGAGAGAUCUUCCGAUUCGAUCUGCUGCGGGAUAUGUUCAAUACAUUCUGCAAGAAAAGAUCCGGUUAUGACCGGGGGAUCAUUUGGUUAACGGUGGGAAUCGGAGCGGUCACCGUGCUCGGGACCGCCGGAGGCAAUGUGUUCUAUUUGUUCACCCGGAAGCAGUUCGACUGGACGCUGCAGGAUUACACGUUUUGGCAAUCGUCGGAGCUGCUGUCGAUCAUAGUGGGCAACUUUGUGGGUAUUGCAAUACUGAAGAAAGUGUUCGAAGUACCGGACUUGGCAAUCGCGCUGCUAUCGGUGCUAUGCUUCGCCGGGGACAGUUUUAUCAAGGGAUUGGCUCGCCACGGUUGGCAGUUGUAUAUGGCGACCGGAGUAACACCGCUGAAGGGAACGGAAGGUGCCGCGUUGAUGGCAAUUUGCUCCAGUAUUUUGCCACCCAACGACAUUGCGAAGAUAUACUCGAUGGGGCUGUCGACGACGGCAGCCAUCCCACUCGUGGCGGCACCUCUCUUCACCUACAUCUACAGCUGCAGCCUGAAAACGAUGCCGGAGCUGUUCAAUUUCAUCGCGUCGGGAAUAUUUGUUGUGAACUUACUGUUUGUUGGAAUUAUUCAUGUUCUUUUGAAGAGACGGCAUUCACACCACAGGCUUUACCGUGACUUACAACUCCCGGAUGAUGACGACCGUGACGAAGUAUUAGCGUGAGCGAAUACGAACAAAAUGUGAUAUUCUAGCUGGUAUUAAGUUUCAAUAAAUCUUAUCUUUUUGACAUAG